CGCAUUCAUAUAUGCGUACACAGACAUAUGUAUAUUUAUAUAUGUCUGUGUAUAUAAAUAUGAGAUACGUAAAAAAUUUCAACACUUGAUCUUCGAAAACAUCAACAAUGAGACUUUCGAUUGUCUUUUUACUUGUGUUGGUCACUGCCCACUGCCAAUUGAGUUCCUGUGAAGGCUUAGAUCUAAAGCAAACGGCCGCUAAAAUAAAAGAAAGUUUAGAAAAAGGUCUGGGAAAUAAAUUUAAAAGAUUCUUCCAUGGCAUCAAGGAGAUAUUCGUGGAAAGACACGGGCAGUUCGAAAUCGAUGGAACGCCGUUGGUGAUUACUUUCAAAGCAGACGACUGUGAUUUGAAGUUUGGUAGAAAACGUAGUUUCCUCGAAUGGAGAUGUCCAGCUGAUGUGACUGAAAUCAUUACAAACACUAAACGCCACUGUGAAAGGUCAAGUCAGGUAAGUGCCGUGCAGUGCGCUACCAGAAUGGUACUCGAAGAAAUUCAGAAGAAUAUUGAACUUGGCAAAAUCUCCAGUGGAUAACAUGCACCUACACCGCUGAUGCACCAACACCAACCUGUGAUAUCACAGCCCAUCAACUGUCAACCAUCUCGGACUUCCUCCACCUGUAUUCGAGCUUUGAAACUUUAAGUAGUACAGGGUUUGAAUUAAACUGUUAUGAUUCAUACACGUAGCUCCCAAUAAAUUUUAUGAGUG